AAAAAAAAAAAAAAAAAAAAAAAAUAUUGGAAAAUGAUGAUAAAAGCUUAAAAUAAAAUAAAAGUUGUGAGAAAGAGAAGCGUUGGAUUGACGCCAAAACCCAAAAAUGGUGAACUAUAUGCUUCAGAUCACCGCUGAGCUCGAGAACCUCACCGAUCUUCAGCCUCAAGGUGGCUGCGAUGACCCCAAUUUCUCCUAUCUCUUCAAGUUGAAAUGUGGAAGAUGUGGAGAAGAGACACAGAAAGAAACUUCUUUGACAUUGAGUGAGACUGUUCCUCUCGCUGUAGGCAAGGGCACAGUUCAUCUUUCUCAGAAGUGCAAGUUUUGCGGGAGGGAUGGAACAAUCACAAUGAUCCCGGGUCGCGGUAAACCACUGAGCCAUGGAGAUAGUGAGGCAGGGAAAUUCAGCCCAUUGAUGAUGUUUGAAUGCAGGGGUUAUGAACCUUUGAACUACCUUUUCGUUGAUGGGUGGAAGGCUGUAUCUCUUGAGGGUACAAAAUUUGAUGAGAUAGACUUGUCAGAUGGAGAGUUUGCUGAGUAUGACGAGAAGGGAGAGUGUCCGGUUAUGAUUUCCAAUCUUCGCUCUACUUUUGUUGUGGUCAAGUAAAAGUAAAACUACCAUUUGUGUUGGGGGAGUAAAUCAAGCACAAAAAUUCUCUGUGAAACAUACAUUUGAGAUCUGGUUAUAAUAAUAUAGAAAUGUUAAAAGGGCACCUUAGUCUUACUAUUAUAUCAUACAUUACUCAUUUUGAUUUAAUCAAUUAUUAUGAAAAAGCCUUAACUAUUCACAAAA